CGAAAGUGGACAACGGAUACAAUUCUAUUUAUCAUAAGACAUGUCAUAAUUCUACUGUUCCUUAGUGUCCCAUCCAAUGGGUGGCACUAUAGUAAUUAUUUGGUUCUGUAGGUUCCAUUAUUGUAAUUUAAAUAUUUGUUCGUUUGCUCUCUUCGAGACUAUUGGGCUGCUCAACGUCACAUCACACUUUAUUUCAUCUUCCUUUUGUUUUCCUCAGCGCUCUCUCUCUCUCUCUCUCUCUCUCUCUCUCGGUUGCUUUUCUGUCCUCCCUUUCUUUGUCAUUCCCCUCCCUCUUGCAUAUCCCUUCCCAGCACCCACUCUCCUUUGUCUGUUGAAGGUGAAGAAAAUGGGGAGAGUGAAGACGUGAACAUCACUCUCGGCAAGUGGGAGGCCGACGAUGGCGCCGGGGGAAAGGUCUGUCAUGGACGCCGGAGAUGGUCCCGGCGACGAUGACUUAGAUCAGAAGCGUUCUCCUUUUUGCAUAUUACAUUUCCAGAUAUUUUUUACUGGUUUGAGUUCUGAUUACUUCUUUUUUUGUUAUGGGGUUCUCGAUCAGGGAGAGGGAAGGAGAAAGACGUGAACGUCGAUGGCGGUAACGGUAAGGAAGGCGAUGGCGGCGACGGGAAGGACUGCUGUGGAUACCAGGAGAGGGAAGGAGAAAGACGUGAACGGUGAUGCCGGCAAGGGUAAGCACGGCGAUGGCGGCAAGGGUAAGCAGGAGAAGAGGAACUGUCGCCGUUGUAUAUUUCCGAAGGGAGCAGAGGCGACGAGAACUACCCACUGCUCUCUAGAAGUGAGAAGAAGUCGUCAUCGACAUUUCUCUCUCCGUCUCAGGAAGAAGAAGAACCGGUUUCCAGAACGAUCUCUAACUCGCACUGCUGGCUGCAGUUCCUGUCCCUUCUUCUCUUGAAUCUAACCUUUUAUUCUUGUUUCCCAUGGUCUCUUUCUUUUUCUGGAUUUGCUUGGCACAAAGCUCCCUUUUUUUUAUGGCACAAAUCCGAUCACUUUUCUGGUGGUUAGUCUAUGAAAGGCAAUGCAAGGAACCUCCCCAGCGAUGACAUGUCACUAUCUCCUCUGUUCCUUUCCAGUUUCAUCAUGGGAUUUUAAUUGCUAAUUUGGGGAUUGUCAGUUUCAAUUGUUAGUUUCCUUUUAUUUGGGUCUCUCUUUCUUAUUUCCAACUUGUGAUUCUGAUUUCCAGGAUGCAGCAAAAACACAACAGUCAGUCUUCGCCAUUACUGGAACGCUGGGAAUCCCAAUUAAUCCCCUUUUGGGGUUCUAUGUUUACAGUAUUUAUGUUGAGGUAUCCCCUUUGUCCUUCUACAAAGCAUAUCCAUUGAUUCAUUGCUCCCUGCUACCGUCUCUCCUAGCUCCACUGUUGCUAUGGAACGUUCGGACUUUGUGUUGGAGUCUUCACUUGGCGCCAUUUUCCACUCCAUGAACACAGAACUGUUAGUUUCUUCAAUUUGAUUACUCAAGCCAUUUUAUGAAUUGAUGAUAAAUUUGAAAUGGGUUUCUGCUUAUUCCAGGGAAGCGUUUCAUCGUAUUGCCUCUUGAGAGGAUGUAUCGUCAUGGUGGCCAGUUGGUGAGCGGGUAUUCUACUCAGUCUAUCACUACCAAACAAUUGCAGUUUCGGAUUGGGGUCAAACCGGCACUAGCCUAUUCCUUAUAUGCCCUUCUAACCCUUCAUGAUAUGCAUCAAUCCGAGUAACGCCUGUGUGUUUUUUCUACGACUGUUUCGCUGGUUUUAAGACGAGAAUCUAAACAAGUAGAAAAAAGUGAUUUCUGCUUUUGUUGCUGAGUCAUCUCAAUGGUCAUUUGCUAGGUGCAUCCAGGCGUAUAGAGUGGUGGAGAUGAGUUAGAUGACUAUGUUGUUCAGGUAUUUUUUUCUGUGCUUUUAUGAUACUUUUGAUCUUCACGAAUAGGUGUGGUUUAAGUGUUGAUAUUGGAUUCCUUUUAGAAUCCAGAGGAAAUUAGUGUUGUUAGUGUCAUCCCUUCUUUUUUCCGACAAAGCAUGUAGUCAUGAUUGAAGUUUACUUGCAAUAUCCUUAUUAGUGUUGUCAGUAUCCUUUCUUUUUAGCCCACUGAAAUCCAAAUAUUUAUCUCACACACAACAAUUGAGUAUUGCUGGAUUAUGAUUAACGAUGUUGGUAUUGGUUUUUAUGUUCUUGAUCUUGCACAUAUUGUUUUUUUAUUGCUCGGGAGCAAGCGCCGCUGGUAGUGAAUCAACUAUGCAUAAAUAACAGAACCAUUUGAUUCAGUGUUAUUGUUUUAACUUCAUUACAGGAUUCUUGAAGAUGUAAUUUUGGUGGAUGGAAUAGGAGACAACGAAUGUCGUCCUCUGUGAUGGAAUAUGGAAGCUGAAAUGAUUUCUAAUUGGUUGAUAGACCCUAAGAACUUCAGGAACAUAAGAUUCCUGGAUGAUGAGUCGUUGGAUCCACAAGGUUGGGGAGGUUGCUGAUUUCUUGUACGAACAGGGUGGACCUCCUUCAAUACGUGGUAAUUUACUGUUUUUUUACACACGCUUCUCUGAACUAAAAGCAAUAUACUCAUUUCAGUUUUAUAUGCUCUCACUUGGGAAUAUGCUGUUGGAAGUGAUGCUGGUAUGAUUUGGUAUCAUUGGCGAACCAUUGAUUCUUGAGAGGCUUCAGGUAAUGUCUGUGUUCUUAUUUGGAUCUGCUAUGUUUUCCUAUAUUUUCUUGCAUUCUUUUAGCCGAUCUUUUGAAUCAGUAGGAGAAUGUUCAUCAGGUUCCACGAAUGACGUUUUAGCAUCAUAUGCCACUUCAAAAUCUUAAAUUCUUGUGUUGAUGUUAUGUUCUAUUAUUUUACACGGUGAAUUAGAAAUCAUGUUUGGUCUCUAAAAUAAGAAUGAAUGCAGGUUUGUGUU